AUGGAUCUGCUCUCGACGGUUCGAAAAUCAGGCUCCCGCGGAGGCGUCAAUUUCAGCUGGGAGGAGGUCGCCACAUCCUCACACCGCGAAAACUAUCUGGGACACAGCCUGAAAGCACCAGUAGGCCGAUGGCAACAAGGAAAAGACCUAAACUGGUACGCCAAGGCCGACCCGUCACCAGCGGGCGCCCCGAAAACAGGCGACGAAGGCGACGAAACAGCAGAGGAGAAGAGAGCGCGCGAACGGCGCGAGGAGCUCCGGAAGAUUAAAGAGGCCGAGGAAGACGCAAUAGCGCGGGCCCUCGGUCUUCCGGUCCCGGUCCGUGAUGCAUCGGGGGCAAACGCGACAGAGGUUGGCCCUGCGGCCAGGAUGGGUGCUGCCAGCAAGGGAGGAUUGGUCAAGAGUGAGGGGGACACAGAUGCGCGCGAGAGCAGGAGGAGAGACGACCGGGAGAAGCGCAGGCACAGGGACUCCGACCGGCACCAUGGAAGAAGACACCACCAUCGCGAUAGGAGUCGAUCUCGGGACCAAAGCCGCGAGAGGCAUUCGAAGAGACGAAACGAGUCAACCGAGAGACCAUCUCGGCGUGAGCACCACAGGAGGAGGCAUAGGAGUCGAAGCCGACGACCGGAUCAUGAAAGAGGCGGGGAUGCCGAGGCAAGGCGUUUAGGCCAUGACGACGCUGGCGAGAAUGGGCGCGAUAGGGGUGCAAGAAGUCGGCGGAGUAGGAGUCGCGAAAGGCACAGGCCGCGUUCAAGGGACAGACGAAGGAGUCGUAGUCCACGAGCUGAGCAAUCACGCGAGGAUCGUCACCAAAGAAAUCGUGAUGGGAAGUAG